UGCUAGCCUAGAAUCUAACCUUGAGUUGUCUUAUAUUUUUUAUGUUAAUUUAAGUUGCUCAAAUUUGCGCAGAAAAUCGCUAGGAAAAUAGGUUCUGGUGAAAUUCUCCACAGCAGGGGUGUACAAAUGCAGGCAUACAUGAAGGAUGGGAAAGAAACAUAAUAUCUGUAUGGUAUCCGAUUUCUUUUACCCAAAUACUGGCGGGGUGGAAAGUCAUAUCUAUCAGCUCUCCCAAUGCCUGAUAGAGCGAGGACAUAAAGUCAUAGUGUUAACCCACGCGUACAGUCAGCGAAAUGGCAUUCGGUAUCUCACCAAUGGACUAAAGGUAUACUACCUUCCUAUUGGUCCAUUCUACAAUCAGUGUAUCCUGCCCACCUUGUUCACCACUCUACCAAUCAUCAGGAACAUCUUCAUACGUGAACAAGUGACUAUCGUGCAUGGCCACUCUGCCUUUUCAGCUCUUGCUCAUGAGACGAUGAUACAUGCGAAGACCAUGGGCCUGAAAUCCAUGUUCACUGACCAUUCCUUGUUCGGCUUUGCUGAUGCCAGUUCCAUCAUUACUAAUCAUAUUCUACAAAUCUCAUUGGCAGAUGCACAUCAUGUGAUAUGUGUGUCACACACUAGUCGUGAAAACACAGUUUUGCGUGCGUCUCUCAAUCCCAACAAUGUCUCUGUGAUUCCAAAUGCAGUUGACUCAUCGAUGUUCACACCGGAUCCAUCCAAAAGAAACCUAGACAAAAUUACAAUCGUGGUGAUCAGUCGUCUAGUGUAUCGGAAAGGAAUUGAUCUCCUGGCGGACAUAAUCCCUAUCAUUUGCCAACGUCAUUCAGAUGUUGAUUUCCUGAUUGAUAUAUCACAGAGUUUCACAGGCAGAAAGUUUUACUCUUUCGGAGCGUAUUGAGCGCUAUGGCAACAGCAACCUUUUAUUCUAUAUUUUCUUUUCACUUGUUGCCAUUCUCAAUUUCCUUCUUUUUAAUCUUCUUGAGAUUGUCUUUCCAAGAAAGGAUGUUGACCUAGUCCCAUCAUUUGUUGAUGGUUAUGUUUCAAAUUGUGAUGCAGAACCUGUGCUGAAAGAAAGGCUAUACGAUGGGCCUGCUAAAAGGACACGAAGUAAACAAUCUGGGUCAACCAGUUGAGGGCGGUAUACAAAGUCAAUUUAGAAGUCAUCUGUUAUAUUCAUCAUUUUUACAAGAUUACAAAACAUACACUUUUUUGUGAACACUUUCCUCCUCCUCAAAGAUUACACUGUAAAUUUAUGAUUUUUAGCAUUUUGAGACCACCAUUUUAUCUUUUUCAUUUUAUUUUUUUCAUAAUAGAGUACAAACUUCACCCCCCCCCCAAACAUCUGUACUGGUUCGGGCCACUCCUCGCCCAUGAUUCGGUUGGUAGAACCAAGUCUUCUUGGAUAAGGACUUAAAAUUUAGGUCCAGUGUAUACAUCUGGCUCGUGUGCACUUUAAAGAACCCAUUUCAUCUUUCGGAAGAGUAGGGGGUUACCCCGAUG